AUGGACAAGAUUGAGUACAAGCCAUCGAAGGAACAUCCGGACCCAGAGUACUCGCAAAAAGACAACUCUUUGUAUUGGGUUGGCAGUACAUCUGAAGGCUACAGCCGAUUUAACGAAUGGAAAGGCAUGCCGCGGCAGCGAUUCUCACACUUGGUCAACAAUAACACCCACAGCCAAGUCUCCGUGCUCUUACCCGCCGGUCAUGGCCUCUACCAAUAUAAGACCAUGGACGGAUCUGCUCCGACCAAAGAGCUGAAUCUGCGCACGGAUGUGCACAUCGCCGACCCAAUUACUCGCUGCGGCGACUGCGAUACUCAGCGUGAUGAAUUGGGAACCCGCUCCUGGGCUGACUUCCAAGCACACUGGUCCCAUCGAUUCUUAUUCGAUCUCGACGGAGCAGGGUUCAGUGGCCGUUUCCUACCUUUCCUCCAGAGCCAUAGUCUUCCAUUAAGAACCGGCCUCUUCCGGCAAUGGUUUGACUCGCGGGUGAUCUCUUGGCUGCACUUUGUGCCCGUCGACAUUCGUCUUCAUGGACUUUGGAGUACGUUGGCGUAUUUCGCAGGUGUACCCGAUCCCAACGCCAAUGACCGUGAUUCUAAAAAACCUCAAAUGCUUAUGGAUUCACAUUCCAACGAAGGCUGGUGGAUCGCCGAGCAAGGGCGCAAGUGGAGCGAGAUCGCACUUCGCAAGGAGGAUAUGGAGAUUUAUUUCUUCCGGCUGCUACUUGAAUGGGGUCGUCUCACAGAUGACCAAAGAGAUGUUCUUGGGUAUAAGGCGUGA